AAACAUUGUUGGCGUCACUGAUAUUCAUAAACAAAACAAAUAAACAAUUGUGCGUCAACAGAACGGGCGGGUUUCAAGCUAGCAGUUUUUUUCAAAGAAAAUAUAUUCGUUACUUUAAUCUUAUCUAUAGCUGCGCCACGGGAAGCUAUGUCUGACGAGGAGGUAAUUCGCCGGCGUUUGCAAAUAGACGGAGAUGGCACUGGAGAUGAUCGACGGCUCAAUGAUUUGUUGAAAACUUUCGUGAAAUGGUGUAACUCAAACGAUAGUUCGGAAAAUAACCAAGCCAUUCAUGAUCGACUGUUAGCCCAACUCGCACAAUGUGAAUUCGCCAUGAAGAAAUCGGAUUUUACAGCGAAAAUGAUGCAGCAGGAGCUAAAAAAUUAUGCGACUAUUUCGGAUACAAUCGAAACCGGUAUCGAAACGGCAAAAGUACAGAUCAUACAGAGCAAAGAGAGCCUGGUGUUGGCCAAAAAGAUUCGCAAGAAUAGAAUGGAGUAUGAUGUGUUAGCUAAAAUUAUCAACCAACAACCCGAUCGGAAAAAUACAAUCAAAGAGUUGGAGAUGUUAAAAGAUGAGCUGGAUCGAUUGCAGGAAAAGAAGGCUUCGUUGGAGCGAAAAUUAGACACAAAGAAAAAGGAUUUCACAGUUUUGAUGAGGUCAAUUGUUGAGCUGCAAAAUAAGCUCGAAUCUGUUGGCGAUGACAAUCAGGAAACCGGAGAAGAAAGAAUGUCAUGUGAUGAUGAACCUGUCAUACUGACUGUCGAUGAUGCGGCCUGCUUCGAUAACGAUGAGUUGAUUCUCUCAUCGCCAGAAAAAAACUAACUAAUCGAUUUUAUAGUUCCGUAAUAGAACUCACAGCUCAAUGAUAAAUGAAUGUUGUCACUAUUCAUAGAUGAUUAUUAGCUACACAUUAUCUAAUGUAUAUAGCGGAAACAAUUGUAAUUGUGUAGGAUUAACGACAACAGUAUAUCAAUGCAACAUAUUUCUGACGAAGAACGUA